UCAUACCAUACCUUUUGGCUACACCAGCGCCAUUCUGGAAGGUUUUUGAACUGUUAUUUAUAGCAUACGCUGAACACUCCUUCAAAUUAUCUCUCAAAUGAGAAGAUACUUCUUACCUCUACUCUUCAUAAAUAUUAUCAAAGAAUACAGUAUUAUGGAACAAUUGCAAUUUGAACAUGCAAAUCUGAUCUCAUGAACUUAAAACUUCACUUAGAAAUUCUCAACUAACGACUAUCUCUCUCCACCAUCUUACUUAUUGGUAGAUGUAUAAAGUGCUGAUAUAUUUACAUUUGUUUUUAAUUACAAAUAUAAUUUUUUGACGUGACAUACCUGUAUCAUUCGUACAACGUUCUUAACCUGCUACCAAAAAUGGAGAAUUUAGGUUCAAAACCAUCGUUAAUUUCAAAAUUGAGAAUUAGAGAUACUAUAAAUAAAAUCAAAAAUAGUUCACCACAUCUACAGGAAAUUCUUAGACAGAGAUCUCGCGAAGCAAUGAUAGAAAGAAGAAAACAAGUAUUUAAUAAAAGAAGAUAUACAAAGGAUUUUGAAGAGAAUCUGCAAGUGGAGGAAAAUCUGUAUAGGGAAGAAGAGCAUUGGAUGUUGGCAGAAUAUGACCGUAUGCUGCAAAAUGAAAUUGAGUGGAUAGAAUCGCUCGUUUAUGAAGAUAAACAAAAAGUCAUUUGUCCGGUAUGCCAAAUAAAUGAAAUGAUAGAAACAUUUGAGACUGUAUCUUGCGAAGUUUGCGGAUUUCGACUAACAAAUUGUAACAAUAUCCAAAUGCUUGGAAACGCAAUUGAAAGUAGUGUUAAUAAUCAUUCUCAACAUUGCACCGCUGUGCCUGGCUUUACGGUGGUCGAAGAAAACAAAAGCUUUCUUUUGUAUAUGACAUGUGAAACAUGUUCAUUCCUAACGUGUGUUAUUUAAUGUGUCCCCCCUGUGUAGAUUUUUCAAAUAUUUAAAUACUAAAUUUAAAUAUGAAA